CCGACAUCUUGAAGUCGUCACAAGUGACAUUUUUUUAUCUGCUGCCGCAAGCUCGCUGCAUUCAGCUUAGAACAGUUUCGUAGGUCGGAACUGAACCAUGGCCGACUUCGAUCAGUUCGAAGCGAAUUUCGACAAUCCGCCAGUGACGGAAGAAGAUCCGGCAGCCGAAUUCCUGGCGAGGGAACAAAACGUGCUUGCAGGUCUGGAGGAUGACAACUUCGACGGUGCCCCCGUGCCGCUGCAGGAACCUCUAGUCGAUGGCCCCGCCGAUGAUGUUGCAGCCGAAGUUCAGAUGAAUGGGCCUUCUCAGCCACCAACAGUUGUCCCGGAUACAUCGCCACGACCAACCCCCGUCCGAGAAGAGCCUGAGAAGAUAAAGAAAUGGCGUGAAGAGCAAGCCAAGAGGCUGGAACAAAAAGAUGCUGAAGAAGAGGAGAAGAAAGCUGAACUUCGAGCAACAGCAAAGAAAGAACUUGAGGAGUGGUAUGCACGAUAUCAUGAACAAAUUGAAAAGGCCAAGUUGGCCAACAGAGAAGUGUCCAAGAACGCUGAAAAAGAGUGGGUACACGAGCGUGACUCGCCGGCACCCAAGGGCCAGGAGUGGGAAGCCAUUGCCAAGCUGUGCGACUUUAAUCCCAAGGCUGCACGCAAUAGCAAGGACGUGUCACGCAUGCGCUCCAUCAUCUUGCAACUGAAGCAGUCUCCACCGCAGACAAACAAGACACCUUGAGGUGUGCUUCAAGUCAUCAGCCUGAUCCCCUUCAGUUGUAAAGAAGUACUACAUGAAAUGCUAGACUAUGGAUGUGAACUGCUGGUUGAAGCAUCUGAUACUGCCUGCAAUAGCUAUACAUGGAGACUUGUAGAGAUGCUGUUUAGUGUCUUUCUUUUCUUUCUUUUGCAUACUCUGAAGAACUUAUAGCAACAAGCUGUGACUCAGUGUUUUUACCAUUGCUUUAUGUCACAUAAGUUCUUUUUCUGGUGGUUUAUUACUUUCUUACAGUAGAGUAGUAUUUUUGUCUGUUAUAAUAAGUAUUUGCUGGAAGUUCUUGUUGGCAAAGGAGAAAAAAAGAAAGCAGCGCAGGAAUUGAGCGUAAUUAAGUGUACUUUAGCACAAUGGAGUCCAGUCUGUGGAACGUGUUGUAUAGAAAGAGCUAUUACUGAUGAAGAAAAUUUUUUUCCCUCUGUUCUACAGAGAGAUGCAGCUCGUCUUUCAAAAAACUUUUGUAUAGUUUAUGAAGCACUUAAUAGUUCUGAAGAAGUGAAGAAAGGGGCUGCUGGUUUGAUUGUCUUGAGCAAGGCUCUCUGCAACUUAUUUCUUUCAAGCACUUUUGCAGGAAAGCGGUCUUCUUUUUUGUUCUUGUUCAUAGCCUUGUAAGAAUCUGCUGGGGGGACUCAGCACUUUGAAGGCUCCUCAGAAGGGUCUAGUGCGUCCUUGCUUUGCACUGUGCAUUUGAUGUUAAUGUGGAAGCAGCUGUGACCAGUGAUCGCGAGUGAUUGUACUAUUUAUGACUUGGUUCUUAAAUAAACUGAGAACAUUUCUUAUUAAGAAGUGUUUUCAUGUUCCAUGGUGUGAA